CAGAUAUAAGCGCCUCUGUCUAUAUAAUUAAGAAACUCACGGGUCGAUUUUCUGUACAUCAACAUAUCCUUAUAAUAUAUACUGUCAAUCUCAUUUGGUCCUGUCAGCUGGUGAAGGGGAGAUAAAAGAACGAUAAAAAUGUCGUUCGCCGAGAAAAUAUCAUCGAUUAUGCAAAGACCAGGACAGGACCCUGUUGCCAAGGACGAUGUACCUUGGUGGAUGAAAUAUGCUGGUCGAGGACUCGGAACUGUGGGUAGUAUAAUUGCUAUUUUUCUUGGAGUAUGGAAUUGUGCAUCAAUAUUAUUGGGUUCUGUAGAUUGUCUAAUAAGUGGUAUGUGGCAAAUGGUAGCUGGUUUUAUAGUUAUAAUGAUAGAAGCACCAUGUUGCUGUCUAUUUAUUGAUUUUGUACAAAACUUAAGUGAUUGGGUUGAAAAGAGACCUUAUUGGAAUAGAGCAGUCGCAUAUUGUUUAAUAGCACUUCCUUCAGUCUUCCUUUGUUUAGGAAUGAGUAGUCUAUUUGGCAGUGGUCUAAUAUUUGCAACAGGUGUAAUAUAUGGAUUAAUGUCACUUGGACGAAAAGCACCUUUCCGUGAAAUGAGAUCAGCAGCGACGAAUAUUGAGGUUCCUUCAUCGAGUAUGCAAGCUACACUUGUUGAAAAUGCUCAACCAAUGGGUUUUUCCAAUAAACCAGAUAGUAAUAUUUAAAUUUAAAGAAUUAAUUGGCAAAAGAAAAGUUUUGGUGUGAAUGAUGAUGAAUGUUGAUUUGAUGAAAUAACUAAUAACUGAGCUCAUAAAUAUGUAUUGUUUGAAACAUUAGUUCCAUUAUUUUAAUAUUUCAUUAUCUUCAGCUUAUGAUUCUAUAAAUUGUUACAUUAUUUCUGUUGAAAUAUAAAUAAAAUAACUUCUUUUUUUUAAAUAAUUCAUAAUUUAAUUUCAGUUGUGAAAUUUGACAUUAGUACUAUAUUAUCAUUAGUAAUUAGUAAGACAUUAGUAAUAUUAAUAUAUUAUUUAUUAAACUACUAUUAUUGUUUAUAAAAAUUAUAUGAUUUUAAUUUAUCAUUUGAAAUAAUGCCAAAGUUAAAGACUGCUAUAAAAAUUAUAUUCUGAAAUUAUUUAUGAGCUCAGUUUUUUGUGAUCCUACUUGUCUAAUUGUGUCAUAAUGUUCCAAUAAUGAAAUUUACGAUGAAAAAAAUAACCUUAUGUUAGUUGAUUUUGGAUGUAGUUAUCUUUAAAUUUUGUGUUUUAAGAUAAUAAAUUGUAAUAUUUUUAACUAAAA